AUGCAGUUGGCCUUUUCUGGCCCUCAUGAAGACUCUUCGAUGCCAGCGAGUGCAAGCGAUCUCGAAAUUUCUCGAAACCCCUUCAAGCUGGUGAAUAACUGGAUCCGCAAGACGUACUGUCCUAUCCAGGAGCCUCCUCUCGUCCUGCCGAGUUGCCCUACCGAUGACGAGAAGCUGUCUUAUCUGCAUACCAAUCGCAUUCCCUUGUAUAUCUUUGGCAUCUUCUCCUUCCUCUCUCUGGGGGCGGGCAUGUGGCUUUUCUCCCUCUGCGCCGCUCCUUUCUACUGGUACGGCGUAUUUGUUGCCUUUCUCAACAUCUACCUCCUCAUCAGCUACUGGGUCGGCAUCGUCGGCAAGGACUGGGACUACAAGGCGCACCAGCAACGCACCAAACAGUACCCCAUAACCGAAGAGACUGCACCAAGCAUUGACAUCUUCCUACCUGUCUGCGCCGAAGAGCUCGAGAUUCUCGACAACACCUGGCGCCACGUCAUGCAGCUCGACUGGCCUGCGAGCAAGAUCAAAGUGCACGUCCUUGACGACGGCGCAAAAGACACAGUACGCAAUUUGGCAGAGCAGUACGGCUUCAACUACAUCGUCCGAGACGACCGACCCCGCUUGAAGAAAGCAGGCAAUCUUCGAUGGGCAUUUACUAGAACCGAUGGAGAUUUCUUCGUCAUCUUUGAUGCGGACUUCUGCCCUCGGCCAGACUUGCUUCGCGAGCUGAUUGUCGAGCACCUCGACGACGAUAAGACUGCCAUCGUGCAGAGUCCCCAGUUCUUCCGCGUCACGGACGAGCAGACGUGGGUUGAGCAGGGUGCCGGAGCCACGCAGGAACUCUUCUACCGCGUGGUGCAGGUCAACCGAAACCGCUGGGGCGCCAGUAUCUGCGUCGGCAGCAAUGCCAUGUACCGACGAGCCGCGCUGGAGGAAGUGGGCGGUACGGCCGAGAUUGGGUUUUCUGAGGAUGUGCACACUGGCUUCGGUGCCGUCGAUAGGGGCUGGAAAGUCCGCUACAUCCCUCUCUGCCUUGCUACUGGUGUCUGCCCGCCUACACCGAGAUCCUUCUUCUCGCAGCAGAUGAGAUGGGCUCGUGGCAGCACCACUCUCCUCACCAACGGACACUUCUGGGUGUCCAACUUGACUUUGGUGCAGAAACUCUGCUACUUAUGCGGCUUCCUUUACUACUCGGCUGUGUCUCUCGGCAUCUUCAUCUCACCGAUCCCAGGCAUUCUGCUCCUGUGGUUCCGUCCCGAGUGGUUCAAGUACUACAACCUCGCUUUCGCGAUCCCCUCGAUCCUCUACGGCCUGCUCGUCUUCCGCUUCUGGGCCAAGGCCUCCUACGGCAUGAACGUGCAGCACGUCAUGUUGAUCCAGUCGUAUGCCUACCUGACCGCCAUCAAGGACCGGCUCUUCGGGAUCGAGCUCCUGUGGGCUGCAUCUGGCGACACGAAGGCCCACAAGAGCAACAAGUACCGCAACAUGCGGAUUCUGUGCUGGAUCUGGACGAUCCUCAUCCUGGGCGGCAUGUUCAGUGCCGUCACCUACAGACUUUUGCAUGGAUUUCCGUGGUACAACCCACUUCCGCUCAUUGUGCUCAACCUUUACAACUUCUAUGUCUCGCAUCGGUUUCUGUUUUGCAACUGGUAA